UGCUAAUCUCUAUUAUAUUUACUUCCUUCAUUUCAUGGCCUCCUCGUUUGCUUGUUUCCUUCUCCUUUGUUUUCUUCUCUUCUACACCUCUCCUUCCCUAGCUAGAACACCCUUUAGACCCAAAGCCCUUCUCCUUCCAGUUUCCAAAGACUCAUCAACUCUUCAAUACCUCACUCAUUUCAAUCAGAGAACUCCUCUUGUGCCUGUAAAAUUAACUGUUGAUUUAGGUUCCGCAUUCGCCUGGAUUGAUUGUGAAAAAGGCUAUGUCUCAUCCUCAUUUAGGCCUGUACGAUGCGACUCCGCUCUUUGCACACUUGUUAAUUCAAAAAUGUGUACCAGUGAGUGCUAUGGAAGCCCCAAACCAGGGUGCCACAAUAAUACAUGUGACUUGGCCCCCGGCAACACGGUCAUAAGACUUAGCACUACUGGUCAGGUUGGUCAAGAUCUGGUAUCUCUUCAAUCUACCAAUGGAAUGAAUCCUGGUAAAUUAGUAUCGGUGCGUAAUUUCGUUUUCAGUUGUGGUUCAACUUUUCUCUUAGAGGGUCUUGCUAAUGGGGUUACGGGCAUGGCUGGCUUCGGAAGAAGUAACAUUUCACUUCCUGUUCAAUUCUCUGCCACUUUUGGCUUUUCAAAGAAAUUUGCCAUUUGCUUGAGUUCCUCAGCACAAUCCAAUGGAGUCAUAUUUUUCGGUGACUCACCCUAUGUAAUGCUUCCCAAUAAUGUUGAUCUCUCCAACUCCCUUACAUACACCCCACUUAAACUCAAUCCUGUUAGUACUGCAGGGACUUAUUUUGAAGGAGAAUCAUCUGUAGAAUAUUUCAUCGGAGUUAAGUCCAUCAAAAUCAAUGGAAAAGAAGUUAAACUUAACAAGACUUUGCUAUCCAUCGAUAAAGAAGGCAACGGAGGGACUAAGAUCAGUACUGUUAAGCCUUAUACAGUUUUGGAGACUUCAAUUUAUAAAGCUGUAACUAAAGCUUUUGUCAAGGAAAUGAAAGGUGUCCCUAGAGUUGCAGCUGUAGCACAAUUUGGAGUGUGCUUUAACUCAAAGAACAUAGGUAGCUCUCGCGUUGGACCAGCUGUGCCACCGAUUGAUCUUGUGUUGGAGGGCAAGAAAGUGUUGUGGAGGAUCUGGGGUGCAAACUCAAUGGUGCAAGUUAAUAACGAAGUGAUGUGUUUGGGGUUUGUAGAUGGAGGAUCAGAACUUGUGACGACCCCUGUCAUCAUUGGUGGGCAUCAACUGGAGGACAAUCUUCUACAGUUUGAUCUUGCUACUUCAAGGCUUGGGUUCAGCUCUUCUCUUCUGUUUAGACAGACAACGUGCUCUAACUUCAAUUUCACAUCAGUGUAAGGCUCAUAUAUAUAAUUAUAUAGCCUUUGCCUACAAAUAAAAAUUGAAUUUCUAAUAAAAGAGAAAAGAAUUCUUGAUCCGCCUAAUCCAUGAGCUAUGGUUGGCGGCUGCAAGUUGCAAUUAAGUUAUAUAUUCUCUUGUGAAUAAAGAAAAUCUUGAAUG